AUGAUGCAAGACUCGAAGGGCUUAUCGGAGAAUGUUCGGAGGUUGCGGUUUAUGUCUGCUCAGCAGCAGACCCGACCGGUAGCACCAGCAGCAGGCGCGGCGACAGCGGGUGGCAGGCAGGACUGGUGUGCCCCUGGUUGGGAGCAAGCGGAAACUUUGUAUGAACAACAGCAACAACAACAACAGCAGCAGCAGCAGCAGGCAGCAAGCGACUCUGCCCUUCACUACGACCUCCUUCUCUUCAGGCGGUCCUUCGGCGGGAUGAAUCCCUUCAUCGAGUCUCUUACCAAGAAGCAAAUUAGAAAGGCGGCUGCCGCGGAAGCGCACAGAGAAGAGAGAGACCAGGCCCUUCUUCUCGCACGUAGCAGACAGAGUAGGCAGAUGCCAGCGGGCCUGUAA